GAUCAUCUUUCAAUGAUAGGAUCAUAAAGCUUCCGUGCGUUCACCGCAUUAGAAUGCAGCAUUCCUUCCGUACGGAAGGGACCGACCGAUCCAAGCAGCUGACCCGACAGGGGCCGCAGGGUUUCGAGGAGGAAUGCAAUACAUGCCAUUUUUAGCCGCUCAGGAAUUCGUGACUAAAGGAAUACGUUGCUAGUCGUUUUUCUGUCGCCGCACAAAUGGAUAAACUCCGUCAAAUCACCUGAAAAUCUCCAUGUUUUGAUUGGAAUCAAAUUUUGCGAUUGUUUUUCACGGUUAUUCAACAAAUAAUCUGGAGCUCAGCCAUUCUUAAGCCCAGCAAAAGGGCUCUGAUCCAGACAAUUCGAGUGCGACAUUUCGCUGUGUGUUUGUUAUAGCCACAAUCAUCAAGAUGCCUGACUUCUACCGAGUCCUCAACGUCGCAAAAACCUCCAGCGAGACUGACAUCAAGAAAUCUUACAGAAAACUAGCCCUUAAAUGGCAUCCGGACAAGAAUCCAAACAACAAAAAGGAAGCAGAGAAGAGAUUUAAAGAGAUUGCGGAGGCUUAUGAGAUUCUAUCAGAUAAGAAAAAGAGGGAUGUAUAUGACAGGUAUGGACUGGAUGGUUUGAAGCAGCACAAUGCAGGAGGACGACAACACACAGAUUUUGACUACGACAGUUUCGGCAGCGGCUUUGGCAGCGGUUUUGGAAGGAGGGGUGGAUUCCAUUUUGAGUUCAAGAAUCCGGAUGAUAUCUUCAGAGAAUUCUUUGGAACCAGCGACCCAUUCAGUGCCUUCUUCGGAGAAUCAGCGAGUGGUUCAUAUGACACUCAUGAUGCACUUUUCCAAGACUCUUUCUUCAAUUCUGGUCUACCUUCAUUUGGAGGUAUGCAUCCUAGACUAGGUGCAGGUGUAGGUGGAGGAGGAGGGGCAUUCGCCUCAUUUGGGAACGGGUUCGGGGACUUUGGCAAUGGAUUCACAUCAUUUUCCUCAUCAUCAUCUUUCGGUGCUCCUAGUUCUGGGAGUGGUGUCAGGAGAACCUCUACUACUACCAGGUUCAUUAAUGGAAAAAGAGUCAAAACAACAAAAAUCACUGAACACGGACAGGAGACAGAGAUCACGGAAGAGGAUGGAAAAGUAACGUCCAAACUCGUCAACGGUCGACAAGAAAUGCUGACCUACUGAAAGGACAAAGGAUCUGAUGUGAACUAAAUCUCAUCAUGCCUUAAUCUACACAAACCUAAUCUUAAUCUUGUGUGUGUGUAUUUUGUAAAAGACGAUAUUCGUUUCAACGCAAUUAGCCAGAAUGUUAUUUUUAUAUCAUUUUCAACUGGUAUCUGUCGUUUGUAAAGUAAUUUACACUUGUAUGUUGUUGUUGUGGUAAACAUGUCCAAAUGGUUUAUUUACAUUGUUAUUAUAUUGUUUCUUGUUUCUUUUUGUAAAUAAACAGAGUCAAUGAACAGUGAAUUGCGUGAAUUAAUUUCGGAUUUGAGGCAUUUUAGCUGGACAGUCCAUGCAUACAUAAAUAAUCUUAUGUGUUUUGCAUCCUGAUUCAACAGAUUUUUUUAAAUCAACCCUCACAAUGUUGACCGGUACCGGUACCUUUAGUUGAAAGGGAGGCAAAAUUUAACAAGAAUAAGUUCAAUAGACAACUUUACUAAGGCAUUCAUAUGUUAUGCAUACUUAUGGAAUGAAAGAUGUCCUUUGAACAUUUACUAGCCCGCACAGGGGCUUGUCUUAUAUAAUAACAAUAUUGGGUUCUUGUAUAGUGCUCCUGUCUGUCAGAUUUGACACUCCUGGCGCUCCCGAUAAAGCAAUAAAUACACAUGUGAGGUGGAUCUCGUAGAUAGAGUUGCUUUCAUACUUGUCUUUGUGUAUUUUGGGAAGAAUUAUCCAUAAAUUUGAAUGUAAUAGGAAACUAGUCUAAUCUCUAAUUGAUUGGCGUACAAUUAUACAAUACUAUCAAAAUAUACCAUUAAAUUGAUUCCUUGGUGAUUCACAUACCGGUAGUAUUUUAUUUUAUUGUUCAAAUAAUAACUUAAUUGAACUCAAAAUGAGAGCCUCUGGAGGCAUAAACACAAUAGAACUCCCUUAGAUUACGUUUAUUAUUGUACAAACCCUUGUCUUUAAUUAGUGUUGAUUUUGUAAGAUAGGCAUUGUUCGAUCAAUCAUAUUUGUGAAUAGUAGAAGAGCUUUAUAUUUAUUGUAGUGUUGUAGAUACUGGAGAGUUUGUAUUCUGAUUUUCACUGGAGUGUAGAUAAUGCUGCAUGUUUAUCUGUUUCGGUGAAAUAAAAAGGUUUUUAUCAAGUUUUGAAUGGCCAUAAUAGGGACAAUUAGUUUUGUUUUGGUAUAUUAAACAGUGCUAUAGGGGGAUCUUUUUUUAUUACCCCCUUUUUUUUUUACCCUGUGUAAAUCUUGCUUUACCCUGAAAUUGGACAAUUUUGUAUUCUAAAACAUAACAUCUCUUUAUUAAGGAGCAUUAGUGUUUUUCUCUAUAGGGGAUUAAUUCAACUAAUAGAAGCUGAUAGCAGAAAUGCAUCGGGAGAAAUCAGCUUUUAUCAUAAACAAAACCAGAAAGGCUGAACAAAUUAUGACAGACCAGUGUACAUUUAUAAGAACUAAGUCUCGUGACAUAAUUUGUUUGCAUAAUUUGGUGAAAAGGAAUGAAAGAGAAAACU